UUCCCGUUAAUAAAAACGCCAAUUCUCUCUCUCUCUCUCUCUCUCUCUCUCAGUAUCCACAGCUCAAACACCAACACACCCCUUAACCAAACUCUCUCUCUCUCUCUCUCUCUCUCUCUCUCUCUUCCCUGUGCGUCUUGACGGCAACUCUCACCGGAACCCUAGCUUUUUCACCGGAAUCUGGCGAACCAACUUCAGUGUUCACUCAGCUUCAAAUGUGCUAGCUUUUUGCAACUUAUUUUGUUCUCAGAUCAACUGUUUGCUUGCUUCAAGUUUUUAUCCUUUUCUUCUUUGUGAAACUUGAACCCUAAAAGUUGUUUCCUUGUGUAGGAACAUUUCUGGGUUUUGGUCACUAGGGAGGAAUACAACAUAAGAAGUUUUUGGGAUAAAGGGGUGUCUCAUUUUGCUGAAUUUAAUCCUUCUUUGUCUAUUCUAGUUGUCUCUGCUCUUCGAAUCUAGCCGUUGAAAAGAAAAGAAAAGAGCCCAUUUUUUCCACUUUAAGCCAAGAAUAUAUCACUGGUUUUUCUUAGCUUUCCCUUUGUUUUCUAUCUCCAUCUAAGUUUCAAUGGGUUGUAGUGCCUUUUGAGUUUCUUGAUCAGAAUUAGCAAUGUUAAGGGCAAAAGAGUUGCUAAGCUUAUUAGUGUUCUUGGUUUUAGCUUUUCAAUGUGUGAGAUCCCUUAAUCCAUCAUUAAAUGAUGAUGUUUUGGGUCUAAUUGUGUUUAAAGCAGACCUUCAAGAUCCAAUGAGAAAGCUCUCAUCUUGGAACCAAGAUGACGACACUCCCUGCAACUGGUUCGGUGUCAAGUGCAACCCGAGAUCCAACCGGGUUGCUGAGCUCACUCUUGAUGGGCUCUCUCUAUCAGGUCGGAUCGGCCGUGGCCUCUUACAGCUCCAGUUCCUCCACAAGCUCUCUCUAUCAAGGAACAACCUUACUGGUAGCAUCAAUCCUAACCUUACUCGCCUUGAAAGCCUUAGAAUCAUUGAUUUGAGUGAGAACAGCCUCUCCGGGACAAUAUCGGAGGACUUUUUCAAGGAAUGUGCGGCUUUGAGGGAUCUUUCUUUGGCUAAUAAUAAGUUUUCAGGGAAGAUUCCAGGUUCUUUGAGCUCAUGUGCUAGUCUCGCAUCUAUAAACUUGAGUUCGAAUCAGUUUACUGGGUCUUUGCCUGCUGGGAUUUGGGGUUUGAAUGGAUUGAGGUCACUUGAUUUGUCUGGUAAUUUGCUGGAUGGUGAGAUUCCCAAAGGGAUUGAAGUUUUGAACAAUUUGAGGAGGAUUAACUUAAGCAAGAAUCGGUUUAAUGGGGAGGUUCCAGAUGGGAUUGGAAGCUGUUUGUUGUUGAGGUCUGUUGAUUUCAGUGAGAAUAUGCUUUCUGGGCACAUUCCAGACACAAUGCAGAAGCUUGGCUUGUGUGAUUAUUUGAGUUUGAGUAGCAACAUGUUUACUGGUGAGGUUCCAAACUGGAUUGGUGAACUGAAUCGCCUGGAGACUUUGGAUCUUUCUGGGAAUAGAUUUUCGGGUCAGGUUCCAAUUUCAAUUGGGAAACUUCAAUUAUUGAAGGUGUUGAAUUUGUCUGCAAAUGGUUUAAGUGGGAAUUUGCCAGAAUCUAUGGCCAAUUGUGGAAACCUUUUGGCUUUGGAUUUUAGCCAGAAUUUGCUGAGUGGUGACCUUCCUACGUGGAUUUUUGGUUCAAGGUCGGAGAAAGUUUUGCAUUUGGAGAAUAAGCUUAGUGGAAAAUUUAGCUCUGCUCCAAGGCUUCAAUUCCUGGAUUUAUCACACAAUGAUUUUUCUGGCAAGAUUGCAUCUUCCAUCGGGGUUUUAAGCAGCUUGCAGUUCUUGAAUCUGUCAAAAAACUCUCUCUUUGGUCCUGUUCCGGGAACUUUUGGAGAUUUGAAGGAAUUGGAUAUUCUUGAUUUGAGUGAUAACAAGCUAAAUGGUAGCAUUCCUACGGAAAUUGGAGGAGCUUUUGCUUUGAAGGAACUGAGACUGGAGAGGAACUCACUGUCGGGGCAAAUCCCAGAUUCAAUAGGGAACUGUUCUUCAUUAAUGACUUUAAUCCUAUCCCAAAACAACUUGGCUGGAACAAUACCUGCAGCAAUAGCAAAACUUGGAAACCUAAAAGAUGUGGACCUGUCUUUAAACAGCCUCACUGGCAGCCUACCCAAGCAGUUGGCAAAUCUUCCCAAUCUCAUCUCCUUUAACAUUUCCCACAACAAUUUGCAAGGUGAACUACCUGCAGGAGUUUUCUUUAACACUAUAUCACCUUCAUCUGUCUCUGGAAAUCCAUCCCUUUGUGGCGCUGCAGUCAAUAAGUCUUGCCCUGCAGUCCUUCCCAAACCCAUUGUUCUCAAUCCAAACUCUUCUUCUGAUUCUACUCCGGGCUCACUUCCUCAAAAUCCUGGUCACAAAAGAAUCAUUCUAAGCAUAUCUGCUCUCAUUGCCAUUGGUGCUGCUGCUGUCAUUGUUGUUGGUGUGAUUGCCAUCACCGUGCUUAAUCUCCGUGUUCGGUCAUCAACAUCUCGAUCUGCAGCUGCUCUCACGUUAUCCGCAGGUGAUGGCUUUAGUGAUUCUCCCACUACAGAUGCCAACUCUGGAAAACUUGUCAUGUUUACUGGAAAGCCUGACUUUAGCACAGGAGCACAUGCUCUGCUCAACAAGGAUUGUGAACUUGGGAGAGGUGGGUUUGGAGCAGUCUACCAGACUGUCCUUAGAGAUGGUCAUCCCGUUGCAAUCAAAAAGCUCACUGUCUCGAGUCUUGUCAAGUCUCAAGAAGAUUUUGAAAGAGAAGUUAAGAAAUUGGGGAAAAUCAGGCACCAAAACCUUGUGGCACUUGAAGGUUAUUACUGGACUCAAUCCUUGCAGCUUCUCAUAUAUGAGUUUGUCUCUGGUGGUAGUUUGUAUAAGCAUCUGCACGAAGGAUCAGGCGGUCAUUUUCUGUCAUGGAAUGAGAGGUUCAACAUAAUUCUAGGGACUGCAAAAAGCUUGGCUCAUUUGCACCAGUCUAACAUUAUCCACUACAACAUAAAAUCAAGCAAUGUCCUUCUUGACAGUUCAGGUGAACCGAAAGUAGGUGAUUUUGGCCUAGCAAGGCUGUUGCCAAUGCUAGACCGUUAUGUUUUAAGCAGCAAAAUUCAGAGUGCGCUUGGCUACAUGGCACCAGAAUUUGCCUGUAGAACAGUAAAGAUAACUGAGAAAUGCGACGUGUAUGGUUUUGGGGUUUUGGUUCUGGAGAUUGUUACUGGCAAGAGACCUGUUGAAUACAUGGAAGAUGAUGUGGUUGUGCUUUGUGACAUGGUUAGAGGAGCAUUGGAGGAAGGCAGGGUGGAAGAAUGUGUCGAUGGGAGGCUCAUGGGGAAUUUCCCAGCAGAUGAGGUGGUUCCAGUUAUGAAGUUGGGUUUGAUUUGCACAUUGCAAGUUCCUUCAAACCGGCCAGACAUGGGAGAAGUAAUUAAUAUAUUAGACCUGAUCAGGUGUCCUUCAGAGGGACAAGAGGAUUCAGGGUGAACAUGAAUCAUAUUAAGAAAUUAAGAGAUGGGAUUUAUAACGGGGUUAUCCGGGGAAGAGGAAUCCGGUUUAUUCAAUUAAUCAAUGAGGAGAAAUUCAGUUGUUGGGAGUUCUUUUUUCCUUUUGUUUUGUAUUGGUUCUUCUCCUGAAUUGUUUUUAGUUUAUGUUUGUGGUUUCUUCUCGAUGUUACUGUUAGAUUACCGGAUUCCUUUUCACCGGGCUCUAAUAUAGGACCCCUUUGGAUAUCGUGUCCCUCGGUUGUUAUUAAUUCUUCUGUACUGCAUUUUGUAUCUUGAUUUUGUUUCUAGUUGUGAGCUGAUAGUAGAAUUGGUUCCUGACUAAUUUCACAAUCUUUAGCUCAUGACACUUAAAGUGCAUUCGAAGUGUUUUUGAACACUUUGGUUGAA